AUGCCGGGCCUGGCCGAGUCUUUAAGUGCAGUCGGCGAUCGUCAUUCCUCGAUGCAUCAGUCUCGAGCUCUUGGGAACGAUCCGGUGUGGAGAAAGCGCAGGUCAGAGAUCGACCAGAGGAGGAAGCGGAAUCGGAUCGAACCUUGCUCGUUUCCUGCAUCAAGAACCGAGUUGACGAUGACAGAAAGAGUUGAUGUCGAAGCAUCAGAAGGGAUGACAGCAAACAAAGUCAUCAGAAGCUUUCUGGAGGGGAAUUUCUGGUUUCCCGUGCAAAUCCAGGGAGAGAAAGACAACAGGAUCUCUUUCACCGUCGACAACAAGGCAAGAUGCAAGAUGAAGUGGUUCGAAGGAGAUAUGGAAGCUCCCAUCGAGGGAGCAGGAGAUCUAAGAUUCCUCUUGGCCUCGAUCUUUCAAGUGCCCUGCGAGGAGGUAGACGUGGCGAUUCGAUGCCUUGACAACGGCAAGUCUCUGAGAAUGACGUCCAGCAAUCCGAGAGAGCUUCUGGAAGAGCUCAAGACUUUGACAGAGCGAAGCUUCUUCUCAGUCACGCGCAAGGGAGUCGACAGUGGAGCAGAGUUUGAGGCCGCUGACAUGAUGGGGGAUUCGGACGACAUGAGGGUGGAGUCCACUUCUGACCCUGGAGCCAAGGAGAUGUCUGAUCCUGCUCGCGUUUCAUCGUUGGAUCACUCGGAUCCUCUAGAAGGGGAGGAGAAGAGUCCCGGACAAAGAUGUUUGGAUAAGCUGCUGGUUGAAAUCCAUUACAUGCAAGCGGGAAGGAAUGAAACGUUCCUGCUUCGAAAACUGAUAGACUCUGAGGCAACAGGCGGCAAGGAAGAAGAGGAUAUCCUCAUAGAGAUGACUUGGAUCCAAGGCAAGGCAAGGUUCUUCCUGAAUGCAGUUCGAGACCUUGUUCUCUUCUUGUCAAGAUUGUUUGGGACCAGUUUUGAUCAUUCACAUCUUUCUCUUGUGAGCAGCCAAGAUGUGAGCAGUGUUCCGCAGAGAAUAUCGAGGUACACAUCCAGACUAGAUUUCUGGGCUGAGAUGAAGAAGCAUGGAGUCUUGGGCACCACCAAACUUUACUUCCAGCACGUCGACGUAUCAGUGCAGCUGGAUCAGAUGAGGGAGAUUUCGCUCAAGUCGAUUCUCGGUGAUUUGAAUCCCAUUCCGCUGCCUCAGUUCCAGCCUCGAACGUUCGACUUUCGUGUGACUGACGGCGAUAAAGAAGAAGUGAUGCGGAUAGAGAUGGAGGCAAAGGGAGCAACAGGUAUGUCGAGGACUCGAUGCCUGGAUAAGCACGGUUCUCAAGAUGCGAUCAAGGUUUUUGCUCCAAUCUUCAGGAGAAAAGCGAAAGACAGCAUUCUUGAAUUGAAAGUACCUGCAACUGAACUCCCCGAGAAAAUGGCGACUGUCACAGUCGAUGACAUAAGUCCCUCUCAAUUCAUCAGCUUGAUUGCACAUUGCUCCCUACGGGACAUUGCUGUUCGAGUGGCGCAGAAAAAAAAUGUUGAUUCGAACAUGAUGCCUUUGUUGAAUGAUCCCAUUUGUCGCAACAAUUUUCCCAGACGUUUUGGUAGUACCAAGGGUGUCAAAGCAAGUUCUGAGGCUGUGAAUCCUUUGCUUGUAAGAGGAGAAGAAGAUCCCAUAGAGGAUGAUUCAGAUGACGGUGGAGUGAGCAUUGAUCCGGUCCGAAUUCUUCUUCUUUCUGACAAGGAUUGGACCAAUUAUUGUCUUGCGAGCGCAAAAUACCUUUCGUUCAUAGGAAGUUUCGCUGAAGACUCCGAGUUUUGGGAUACCUCUGAAGCUCUGUUUGAGCUUGCGAUUGUCACUGACAAUGAGCAAAUUGCUGCUCAGAAUGGAACUAUCGAUCAUCUUACGAGCGCCAGAAUCAGAUUUGAUUUCGCUCAUUUCUGCCAGACCAAAAAGAUAGAUCUUGAUCUGGCAGAGAAGCUGCUCAGAGAAUCGAUUGCCUUCAAUCCCGCUCGCUCCAGUGUUUGGCAUAAUCUUGGCAUCCUGCUCAUGGGCAAGAACGGCGAACAAGAGGCACAAACAGCAUUCGAUAGGGCGCUCAUGCUGAACCCAUCAUCCAUAGACACACUGUGCAGCAAAGCCAGCUUGUCUCUGCACAUGGCCAAGAACAUUUCUGAGAUAUGUCAGCUGGUGGAGAGGGCAGAAAGCAUCAAACCUGGAAGCUUUGAAGUAUUGCUGCUCAAAGGAUCGUUAUUUCACCACAAGGAUUACAACGAUCAACUGGGAGCUUUUCGGAACCUCUUAAGAGCCUUCAGACUUCAGCCGUACAACGUUGAAUUGCUGCACACAAUGGGGAGCUUUCACAAGCUGGUGAUGAACGAUGUUGCAACUGCUAUCGAGUACUUCAAGCAAGCUUUCUCCUUUGAUCCCCUGGAUCCGCAAGUCUUGACAAGCCUGGCCUUGGCUCUCAUGGAGGGCCGAAGGUUCAAGGAUGAGCAUGAUAGGGUGGAGCUGGAGGUCGAUGGACUAGACUACGACUUCCACGAGGCCUUUCGCCUGUCUCAAGACGCGAUCGCACUUUGUCCUCAGUCUGCGCACGUGCACUAUGUGCAUGGCCAAUGCUUGGAGGAGUUCGAUCAAAACAUGCUGGCAGCGAAAGAAGAGUAUGAAGUAGCCCUGAAGCUAGACCCUCAGCAUGUUGAGGCUCUUUGUGACUUGGGCUCCAUCUACCUCAAUAACUUGUCGGACUUCCAGUCUGCAGAGAAGAUUCUCCAUCGUGCUCUCCGUAUUGAGCCCAACAACCCACAAGCUCACUACCACCUCUCCGACAUCGACGUCAUCGUGUACAACGAUGUGGCCAGGGCCGAACGAAGGCUCCUGGACACUCUCAACUGUACUUGCAAUCCUCGGCAGCAAAAUGUGCAUCAGAACUGGUGCAAUUUGCUUCAGACUAUCACAUACAUUCAAAUCUUCCACUUCAGGAACCAGUCGCUGCCGAGGCACCCCUUGUGCCUGGACUUCUUCACGACAUGUUUGAAAAGGCUCGGGAUAUUGAGGUCCAAGAUGAACUUGGAGGGCCUGCCGGAGCUGUACGAUUGUAUUCGUGAUCAACUUGACUACAACAGCACUGAAGAAGGGGAGGAGGACUAUAUGAGCGAAGAUGGCGAGGAUCAAAAUCAAGAGACGCAGCAGACAGACAAAAAUGUGUGCGAGAAAGCAUUGUCUCGGUUGCAGACAUUGUUGAAUGCUCGAAAGAGUAACUCGGGGUGA